UGCUUAUUCGACCUCGCCUCCGCCACCUCCAGUCUUCAACUCAAAGCCAACAACACACUUGGGAACUGCAAAGGGGUGGUCCGGACUCGCCAUGCACCUCACAGGCACUGCCAGGUUUCUUUUUGUUGUCUUAUCUUGAUCCCCUCGACUCUCGAGUAUCCAUCUGCCGCAUUGUUCCCAAAAGACUGCCCGAGAUGACUAAGAAACCCAUGUCUUGCAAAUUGAGGGCUCUUGAAGGCCCGUCAUGAUACCUCAUCCAGACUCCAUCAUCUGCCAUCAAGGUAUCCGUACAGGUUGGACAUCAACUGAUCGAACGCUCCAAAGUACCUCCGUUUCGGUACCUGACCGGGAGCCUUUGUCCUCGCAUAACGACCCGGCACGUAAAUCCCUAUUGCCUACUCCGUUUGUCGCAAAAAAGGCGUCACAGUAUGUAGGUAAACCAAGUCGAACCCCAGAUAAACCCAAUGCUCCUUGGUCCGAUCGUCCCGACCCAGCCAUGCAAACUCGCAGAAACCCACGUCACAAGUCACCGCCCCGGCAUCGGACCCCUGCUUCACCUUUCAUUGUGUUGGUCUUGUUACGACCACCAACUGCCACAACCUGCACCAAGAGAUGGUCUUUGAGCAGACUCGAGCGAGAUUGGUGCUUCGAGUACGCUUUCUCGUUAGCCAUGGUAAAAGAAACCUAGAAGAAGGACAGAAGAGGAAAAAAGGGACAAAACGAAUGAGCCUCGAUAGGUUGUUCAUUUCUUUAUCCAUCCGUUUCUUGGAGCAGUAAGCUACAAGCU